GAGAGUGGUGAAUGCGAACACCUACUUGGAUUGUGUGUGGCUGCUUGCGAGAGACACAUUCGGGCUCGGAUUUUAUGAACGGUCGCUGUGAGCGAGAAGGCGCGUACGAGCCGUCUUUUCGAGUGUGGAAAAGCGGGACAGCGUGCGGGCUGGAAUGGUUUGCCUGCGAGAGAAGAAAGAAUCUGUGUGUAGGGCGUUUUGCGUUUGGAGAAGCUUUUUUCUUGUCUUGUCGGGCAGAAGUUACAGAAAAUUCGUCCCGAUGUAAAAAUGGUGUAAAAAGAGUGUUUUACUAGCAAAAUGUAGAUUUAGUGGCAGCAAAAUGUAAGAUAGAAUCUGUCUUUUUAGCACGCACGUAAAUAGAAGAGAAGUGAUUAAGUGAUAUCGCAGCAGACCCCGAGUCACAGCUUUGGAAAGGAACCCCUGGAGAAGAAGAAGGAAAAGUUUAAAGUUUUUUGGGCAGACCCAGUGGAUAUUUGGCUGCAUCCAGUCCAGUGCCUCAGCAGAAUGUUGCCCUCGUAGGGGGAGUCUGGCCUGGCCAGACACACCGUUUAAACCAGUGUCCAGAGUGUUGUGUGAAAGUAGUGUCCAAGCGCUGGCUGUUAUUGCAAAAAGAAAGAAAACAAAAAAGGUGUAGAAAGAUCCACCGAGGGGUGCUCCACCAGUCGAAGAGUGGUUUUCAAUUCAGCAGUGAAGUGCCAGUGUGAGAAGAGUGGAGUGGAGGCAAACCGAAGUAAAAAUUGAUUAAUACAUUCGGCCGAUGAUGCGCUGCUGCUGUUGUGCCGGAAAUAUUGCUGCUGUUGGCCCCGCUAAUUCGUUCAAUUCGCAUACUAGACUCGAUAAGAACUCAUAGCAAUGAAGCGAACCCAGUGGUGCGGUAUCAUCCUUAUCAUCCUCAUUAAGAUUCUGUGCGCGCAGCCACUGGCAAACAGCAACUUCCCGCUGAAGGGAACGAACGGCACAGAGAACCUUAGCACUCGACUAGUUAGUCAAAUAGUUUUUAAUUCAACCUUGAGUCAUCUGGCGGUCGACCGGACCAGCGGAAGGGUCUAUGUUGGCGCCGUCAAUAAACUGUAUCAGAUUUCGCCCGACCUGAACAUCGUCGAAGCGGUAACGACCGGGCCCCAAAAUGAUUCGAACGAGUGUUCCAUCCAGGAUUGCCCGGCGCACAUCCGGCGGGUACUGACGGACAACUGGAACAAGGUGCUCCUGAUCGAUCACUCGGCGAACAAUCUGAUCGAGUGUGGGUCCCUGUUUCAGGGCAUCUGUCACAUUCGAUCGCUGCAGAACAUCAGCAACAUCGUGUUCCGGGGGGUGGAUGCGGUGGUCGCCAACGUCGCGAAUGCCAGUACGGUGGCAUUCAUUGCCCCCGGUCCACCCGUGCCAUCGGAGAACAACGUUCUGUACGUGGGGGUAACCUUCACCGGGAACUCACCCUAUCGGAGCGAAAUACCCGCCGUUGCGUCGAGAAGCUUGGCGCGGGAUAAGUUCUUCCAGAUCGCGUCGUCCGCCGUGACGACCGGUACACGUAUCUUUGUCAAUUCGUUCGCUCGCGAAUCAUUCCUCAUCAACUACGUGUACGGUUUUAGCUCCGAGCGAUUCUCGUACUUCCUCACGACGCAGUACAAGAGCAGUGCCCAUAAUACCCCAAAAGAACUGGUCACCAAGCUAGUGCGCAUCUGUCAGGAUGACUCCAAUUACUACUCGUACACGGAAAUCCCGGUGGAUUGCAUCAGCGAAAGCACCAAAUUCAACAUCGUCAAUGCGGCACACGUGGGGAAACCGGGUCCCGAUUUGGCAGAAAAUCUUGGCAUCACCACCGAAGAUGAUGUCCUCUUCGCAGUCUUCUCGGAAAGCAACGACUCGAAAAAUGUCAACAAAUCCGCCCUGUGCGUUUACUCGUUGAAAGCAAUCCGCCGAAAGUUCAUGCAGAACAUCAAGUCCUGCUUCAACGGACAGGGUCAGCGCGGGCUGGACUACAUUUCCGUCAACAUGAACUGCGUACCAACGAAGCUGCAAACCAUUAGCGAAGAUUUCUGCGGUCUUGAUGUGAACUCCCCGCUCGGGGGUGAACAAUCGAUCGCCUCCAUUCCCGUCCUGCUGUCGGAGCUGAAAAUGACCUCGAUCGCAGUGACAACCACCUCCAACUUUACCGUCGUCUUCAUUGGCACCCUAACGGGGCAGCUGAAAAAGGUCGUCAUCGAAUCGUCCAGUUCGGCCCAGCAGUACGCCCUGAUGAACGUCGACGUCGGCACCCAAAUCCUCCCCGACAUGUCGCUGGACAGUGUAAAAUAUGAUCUGUACUUGAUGUCAAAGUAUAAACUAUUUAAGAUUAAGGUCUAUGAUUGUUCGGUGUAUACCACGUGUGUUGCAUGUCUAUCCGCGAAGGACCCCUUCUGCGGAUGGUGUUCCCUAGAGAAUAAGUGUAGUCCGAAGAGCGAGUGUCAAGAAAACUUUAAGGAUCCCCUGUCCUGGCUGAGCUACAAGUCUGGCAAGUGUACGACGAUCACCAGCGUUAGUCCCAGUCAGCUGCAGCGGACGACGGCCCGCACCCUCGAGCUGAUGAUCGAGAAUCUGCCGAAUCUCAAGGAAGCCCUCGUGUGUGCGUUCACCUUUGCCAACAUGGAGAAACCCAUCAUCACCAACGCGACGAAGAAACGGAACGGCGUUAAUUGCACCACGCCCCGGACUGACCUACUGCCUCAAAUCGGAUACGGAAAGAAUCACUUCAACGCGCAGCUCUCGAUCAAGACCUCCCAAGGGCCGGACAUCGUGUCGACCAAGUUCACCUUCUUCGACUGCAGCACGCACCUGUCCUGUACGCAAUGCGUCUCCUCACAGUUCCCGUGCGAUUGGUGCGUCGAAGCGCACCGCUGUACGCACGAUACGGCGGAGAACUGUCGCAACGACAUCCUGGUAACGGGCAUCAGCCGGAUAGGACCCAGUUAUCGAUCCGGGCCGGGCUUUUGUCCGACGAUCAACGUCACAGGUGACGGGCCGGAGAUUUUGGUUCCCGCUGGUUCGAAGAAGUCCGUCAAGGUGAAGGUGCAUAUCAUCGGUCAAUUUAUCGUGCAGACGCGCUUCGUGUGUCAAUUCAACGUCGAGGGCCGGGUGACGAGUGUCAACGCACAGCUGCUCGGUGACACCAUCUACUGUGACGCGAUGGAGUUCUCCUAUACGGCGAAGACGCCGAAGCUGACGGCCACGUUCGCCGUCAUCUGGGGCGGCUCGAAGCCGCUAGACAAUCCUAACAAUAUACAUGUCGUAAUUUAUCGCUGUAGAGAUAUGUCCGAUAGUUGUGGUGUUUGCUUGGCGUUAGAUGAAAAGUAUAAAUGUGGUUGGUGUUCGUCGUCUAAUACGUGCGAGGUGGAGGAUCAGUGCGGCAUUUCCGGGAAGGUGGAGGGCUUGGAAAAGAAGGAUUGGUUGAAUAAUCAGCAGACCUGCCCGAAUCCGGAGAUUCAUUCGUUCGACCCGAAGACGGGUCCGUGGGAGGGUGGCACGAAUAUAACGAUUCGGGGUAUCAAUUUGGGGAAGAAGUUUGAGGACGUGUAUGGAGGGAUUAAGAUUGCCGGUAUCGAUUGUAUGCCGUUCCGGGAGCUGUACGUGCAGACGAAGGAGAUCGUGUGCAAGGUGGAUGGUCCGGGCGUGAAGACGCAUCGAUCGGGUCAUGUGGUGGUGCAGAUUUCUGAUUUCCGAGGCGAGUCGACGUAUGAUUUUGUGUUUGUUGAUCCGGAGAUUACGGAUUUUCUGCCGAAGUCGGGCCCGAUUGCGGGCGGGACGAUUAUAAAGAUUUUCGGUAGGGACUUGAAUACGGGAAGUAGAGUGAAGGCGUUCCUGGAUCAGCAUCCGUGUGAGAUUUUGAGUACGGAUGAGAAUGAAGCCACCUGCAGGACGACAGCGGUUCCGAAUCAGAUGCAGGGUAAACUACGAAUGGAGUUCGAUAAUGGUGUCCGAGAGUUUGGAGGAGAUAACUUCGAGUACGUACCCAAUCCGUCGAUCGAUUACGUUACCUCGGGGGAUCCGGGACAGACGAGAACCGCACGAGGAAUCCCGGCCGGUGGAAUCAAGAUCUUCGUAGUCGGCCAGAACUUCUUCUCGAUCCAGAAGCCGAAAAUUUACGUCUACUAUCGGGAUCAGAUCUUCCUGAACGAGUGUCAGUCGAUCUCGAACAAGGAGAUGACUUGUAAUUCGCCUGAGAUCGAUCUGCAGGAUGAGGACACCUUCCAGUCGGACGAACCACUCCGGCUGGAGUACGGUUUCAUCAUGGAUGACGUCAAAUCGGUGAGGAAUCUUUCCACCAAGCUUGGCAGCCGCUUUGAGUUGUACCCCAAUCCGGUUUACCAUCCGUUCGAGGAGAAUCUCAAGCACUUCAACAGCGAGUACCUGACGAUCAAUGGACGCAAUCUGGAUCGGGCGUCUAAGGAGAGCGAUGUGGUUGUCAAGAUAGGGGAUAAUGCGAUCUGUAACAUAACCUCACUAUCGCGUCAGCAGCUAACCUGCCGGCCACCAAUCGAUCAGGAAAUUAAGAAGGUUAACGUGAAGGUCAUCAUCGGCAAUUCGCUCACGUACGACAUUGGCUAUAUGAGCUACUCCUCGGCCAGUAUACUGCCAUCGAUCAACAACAAGGCGGUCACGGUGAUCGUCAUCGUCGGCUCGAUCAUAUUCUUCGUCAUCUUCAUCUGGUUGGUGUUUGCGUAUCGGAAGAAAACUAGCGAAAACAACCGAGUGCUUAAGAAUAUGCAGGAACAGAUGGACAUUCUGGAGCUGCGGGUUGCUGCCGAGUGUAAGGAAGCUUUCGCUGAACUACAGACGGAGAUGACCGAUUUGGGAGGAGAUAUCACCUCCGGUGGUAUCCCCUACUUGGACUACAGAACGUACGCUAUGAAAAUUCUCUUCCCGAAUCACGACGAUCAUGUUGUUUUGCAGUGGGAGAAACCGGAGCUGCUCCGUAAGGAGAAGGGUUUACGUCUGUUCGGUCAGCUGGUUAUGAAUAAAACCUUCCUGCUGCUGUUUAUUAGGACACUAGAAAGCAAUCGGUACUUUUCGAUGCGAGAACGCGUCAAUGUGGCUUCGUUGAUAAUGGUAACACUGCAGAGCAAGUUGGAGUAUUGCACGGAUAUCCUGAAGACUCUGUUGGCCGAGUUGAUCGAGAAGUGCAUCGAUGGGAAGAGCCAUCCGAAGCUUUUGCUGAGGCGAACGGAGUCCGUUGCGGAGAAGAUGCUCUCCGCUUGGUUUACAUUCCUGCUGUACAAGUUCUUGAAGGAAUGCGCCGGUGAACCGCUCUACAUGUUGUUCCGAGCCGUCAAAGGUCAGAUCGAUAAGGGUCCGGUGGAUGCGAUAACCCACGAGGCGCGGUAUUCGCUGAGCGAGGAGAAACUGAUUCGGCAGAUGAUUGAGUUCAAGGUACUAACGGUGUAUGCGAGCAUCACGCAGCCUCCGAUUCUGUGCAAUAAUAUCGAAAUGAUUCCGACCAACACGGAGAACAUUCCGGUGAAGGUGCUGGACUGCGACAGCAUCGGGCAGGUGAAGGAAAAGUGUCUGGACACGAUCUACAAGGCGAUUCCGUGCAGCCAGCGGCCCAGAAAAGAGGACUUGGAUCUGGAGUGGCGCACCGGAAGCUCCGGCCGUGUGAUCCUCUACGAUGAGGACUCUACCUCGAAGACUGAUGGCGAGUGGAAGAAGCUCAACACGUUGCACCACUAUCGGGUCAACGACGGCGCCUGUCUGAGUCUGGUACCGAAGGAAAGCUCCAUCUACAACAUAACGCUGAUAGGGGAAAAGUAUUCGGAGAAAAUCCACAAAUAUGAAACACUAAACAUAUCGAAGUACGUUUCGCCGUCGCCACCGUUCAGCCGGGCCGGCAGCCCGAUGAACGUGGACAUGCAGGAGAACAGUAUCAAGUACUGGCACCUGGUGAAGCACCACGACAGCGAUGGCUCGAAGGAGGGCGAACGGGUCAACAAGAUGGUCUCGGAGAUCUACUUGACCCGGCUACUAGCCACUAAGGGCACCCUGCAGAAGUUCGUCGACGAUCUGUUCGAGACAAUCUUCAGCACCGCACAUCGAGGUUCCGCACUACCACUAGCAAUAAAGUACAUGUUCGAUUUCCUAGACGAUCAGGCUCUCUUGCAUGGCAUCACCGAUCCGGAGGUGGUGCACACCUGGAAGAGCAACAGUUUGCCGUUGCGAUUCUGGGUAAACCUCAUCAAAAAUCCUAACUUUGUGUUUGACAUUCACAAGUCAAACAUAGUGGAUUCUUGCCUAUCGGUUGUGGCUCAAACCUUCAUGGACUCAUGUUCAACUUCAGAUCAUAGGCUAGGGAAAGACUCACCUAGUUCUAAGCUUUUAUACGCUAAGGAUAUUCCCUCGUACCGCGAGUGGGUGGAGCGAUACUACAGCGACAUUCGGGAUAUGGCCGCCAUAUCGGAUCAGGAUAUGAACGCGAUGCUCGCCGAAGAGUCACGGCUCCACACGACCGAGUUCAACACGAACUGCGCCCUGCACGAGCUGUACUCGUACGCGGUCAAGUACAACGAGCAACUGACGGUCACCCUGGAGGAGGACGAAUUCUCGCAGAAGCAGCGGCUAGCCUACAAGCUGGAACAGGUGCACGGUAUUAUGUCCGCGGAGUAGACAACGACGCCUCCGGCGGCGACGAACAAGGGCUGGGUAAAAACAAACUUUGGGGGUCGAAACUGAAUUGUGUAAGCUAUAGUAACGAAACAGAAAAAAAAACCAACAUUAUUAAGUGGAGAGUGUGAAAAUUUAUUGUCGAAGCAAAACAAAAAAAAAAAAACACAAGUAAGCAUACAAACAAUGUCGUAUCUAUUUUUAACAGUCGCUUUAAUUGAUGAUUGAUUGGAAAGUGCGCGCGCGCGUGGAAGACUUGAGGCAAAAUUUUUGAACCCGUACACUGGAACCAUAAGAAAAAAAGUAAAACAAUUGAAAAUAGGCGCAAAGGCAUCUCGAGUAUACAGCAACCAACAGAAACCCAACCAUCAUCCAUACACAGGAGGAAGAAACGCAGAAAAAUUAAAAUCACGAAUCACGAAAGGGAAAAAAGCUUAUAAUAAUUAAAAAAUAUCUCAUAUAGCUCAAACAAAAAAAAAAAGUCUAAAUGUAAUAAAAAUGAAAAAUUGUGUAAUUGAUGUGUUAUAAGUUAUUACUAAAAUAUAAGCUGAUGAUUUUAUUAGUAAAACUACAGAAA